AUGCAAGACUUCAAGGAACGCAAGCUCGUCACCGACCCCCAAAAGGCAUUUCAUUACACCGACCUUCAGCGACUGAAACCAACACGCGCGAACGAUCCAUACGACUAUCAAGCAGGAUGGGGAAAUCGCCAUCAGUCUGAGGUCAUUCCAGGCACAUUGCCCGUUGCCCAGAACAACCCCCAAGAAGUUCGUUUCGGGCUCUACACUGAAGGCAUCACAUAUUCGGCAUUUGCCGCACCGCGCGCACAUAACUUCAGUACUUACAUGUACCGGUGCCGUCCUGCAGCAGCUCACAAUGGCUAUAUUCCUAUUGAGUCCAAGUCAAACAUCACCAACUGCUUCCUCUCCAUUAAUCCCAAAGUCGAAACCCUUCCCGAACAAGCUGAAUGGCAUCCAUUCCCACUUCCCAAGGAGGAUGAGAAGAUCGACUUUGCCGAUGGUCUACACACUCUCUGCGGCAGUGGAGACCCUAACAUCAAAGAGGGUAUUGCGCUAUAUGUCUACAUGAUCAACUCAAACAUGGAGCGCCGAGCAUUCUGCAACACUGAUGGCGACUUCCUUAUCUGCGCACAACAGGGCAAUCUAGACAUCAAGACAGAAAUGGGAAAGAUCUUCCUUCAGCCAGGCGAGAUUUGCGUCAUACAGCGCGGCAUUCGAUUCUGCCUGAACUUGGCUCCGGAUACCCCAGUAGCACGCGGUUACAUAACCGAGGUAUGGGGGUCCAUGUGGGAACUUCCUGAUUUGGGUCCUCUGGGGGGCCACGGUCUUGCCAAUCCUCGUGACUUUCUUUACCCGGUAGCUGCUAUCGAUGAUGAAUUGCACGUGGACUGGCAGAUUGUCAACAAGACUAACGGCCAGCUCGUGGCUAUUCAGCAAGAUCACAGUCCAUUUGAUCUCGUUGCAUGGCACGGCAAUGUUGUCCCUUACAAGUACGACCUUACCAAGUUCUCCUCGCAGAACAGUACAUCCAUCGAUCAUACCGACCCCUCGAUUUUCACGGUUCUCACUGCCAAGUCACGCGACCCUCUCACACCGCUGGCCGACUUCCUUUGGUUCGGUCCACGAUGGGACGUUGCGACUAACACCUUCCGACUUCCCUACUUCCACCGCAACUCCGCGUCCGAAUUCCUAGCUUGCAUUUAUGGGCAAGGUCUUGGACGAAGUGACGACUUCCAGCCCGGUGGAGGCAGCUUCGAAGGAGGCCACACACCUCAUGGUGGCUUCCACGAAGGAUACCAGCAUGGUAUGCGUAUCCACGAGAGUCAACCGGAGAAGAUUUUGACUGAUCAAUUGACAAUCAUGAUCGAGUCAAGCCGCCUCUUCCUCUUUACGGAGUACGCUCGCAAAGGCUGUGGUACAAUCGAGACCCGCGGCACCGACUAUAAAGUUUGGGACGCUCUACCGGAUCGCUUUUCCUCAAACAAGAGAGCUCAGGAAUUGCUCACUCGAAUCAAGGAAGAUAAGAUUGCUGAGAAGAAACGGCUCGCACCUUACUACUUUGGUGGAUUUUCGCAUGGCGCCAACACCAGCGAUACGGAAGGCGUUCACUCCGAAGAGCUUCAGCAAUACCUGUCCAGUAAAUCAAAGACCAACGGCAUCAAUGGUACUAAUGGAGUGGGGGCAUAA